AUGGACUCCUUCAGGUUCCCUGAGGCUGAAAUAACUGAUGACCAUGACCAGUACAACCUCGUUCAGCACCAUGAAAGUCAUCAGAUCAUCAUCAUCGACCGUGAUCUACACGACGCAGCAAAAAGAGGCGAAUUUUCUGCCUUCACGGAGCAUGAAGAUCAUCUCGAUCACUUACUGACUCCACAUAAGAGUACAAUCCUCCAUAUCCAUAUCAACAGCAGAUCAGAUCAUGAUAUAUUCAAGCCCAUAUCGACUUUCGUGGAAGAGAUCCUUGCUAUGUGUCCAUCGCUGUUGAAGAUGUCAGAUGCUAGAGGAGACACUCCACUGCACAGAGCAGCAAGAAAGGGGGAUGCUCCUGCAGUGAAAGCACUCAUUAAAUGUGGAAAGAAUCUUGAGGAAGACACUGAGAGGGGUGUCCAAGGACUCCGAACGGAGAUGUUAAGGACAAAAAACAAAAAAGGAGACACCGCGUUGCAUGAGGCGGUAAGCUUCUGUCAUCUCGAUGUGGCGGAGAUUUUAAGUGAAGAAGACAAUGAUAUCCUAUGUUAUGGUAAUGAAGCAGGCCAAACUCCACUUCACCUUGCCAUCAAGCGACGACAUCGCCCCUUUGUGCUUCAAAUGUUAGACAAGUACCGUGAAUUACAAAUACCAGAUUGUGGUGAUCGCAAUGGCAGAACUCUUCUGCAUCAAGCGGUCAUUUCCAAAGAUGAAGGAAUAACAAGGGCUAUUCUAAGGAAAACGAAAGAUUUAUGCAAACAAACAGAUGAGCGAGGUUGGGUUCCUUUACACUAUGCUGCAAAACUGGGAAAUAUAUCAAUUGUUGAGGCGUUGUUAGAAUGCGAUCCGCAUGCAGCUUACAUCAAAGAUAAAAAUGGCCGGUUACCUUUUCAAGUAGCAAAUCCCUCUAAUUACCGACUGAUCGUUAGAGAAAUUAUAUCAUGGUGUCCAAAUUGCUAUGAACUGGUAGUCAAUGACAUUCGUAGUAAAGAUGGAGGAUUCCCUAUUGUUGUGAUACUUGUGUUUCCUAGACUAAAAAGAUUUAUCGGUGAAAUAUUAUUUAAGCUGCAAGGCCAUGAAAACAAUGACGUUGGGCAAUUCAAUCAAGAAGAGCUACUUGCUUUGCUCAUAUGGAGGAAGACAUUUGAAGAAGCUAUAGAUGUUACAACAUCCUUUACUCCUGAAACUGAUAAAGCCAUAGAGCUUACAUUGGUAGCGGCAACACUCACAGCUACAGUGACAUUUACAGCAGGUUUUACUUUACCUGGGGGUUAUGUGAGCGACAAAGGCCCUCAACAGGGAAGUGCAGUUCUAAAGAAAAAUCCAGCAUUCAAGACAUUUGUUAUAGCAGAUGCCAUAGCCGUGGUCCUUUCUACUUCAGCUGUAUUCAUCCACGUGAUCUCGGUAUUAAAACAAGACAAGAAAUUUUCACUCUUCCUCCUCGUCUUCAACCUCAUCUUAUAUGCCAUUAUAGCAAUGCUAAUUGCAUUUAUGGGGGGAAUAUAUGCAGUUUUGGGAGCUUCCGAUGGGCUUGCCAUUGCCGUUUGCGUCAUUGUCAUCGGUUGUUCCUUUUAUUUCUUUCCGCAGUUGAUACCAGAUUUAUCUGUAAAAGGUAGAACAUAA